AUGCUUUGCACUGUGUCUGUUUAUGCAGGGGGGGGGCGGCACGUACACAUACAAUUCCAGAUAACAUCCUACUUGUUUAUCAGUAAUUACAUACGGUUGGUUGAUACGUGUCUAGAUUUAAACGUGCCGAACAAAGGUUUUUACCAAAAAGUGAUUCUAUCUAUCUAUCUAUCUAUCUAUCUAUCUAUCUAUCUAUCUAUCUAUCUAUCUAUCUAUCUAUCUAUCUAUGCCUUUCAGUCAUGUUAUACCUAUCUCUCUAUGUCAAUCAUAUCUAUCUAUCUAACUAUCUAUCUAUCUAUCUAUCUAUCUAUCUAUCUACAUCAGUCUGUUAUACCUCUGUCGAUAUAUCUAUAUGUCUAUUUAUCUAUGUCAGUUAUAUCUAUUUAUCGAUCAAUCUACGUUAGUAUGUCAUAUCUAUCUAUCGAUCGAUCGAUCUAUGUCAGUUAUAUCUGUCUAUCUAUGUCAGCUUGUUAUAUUUAUCUAUCAAGUUAUCUAUCUUUAUCGAUCAAUCUAUGUCAGUCUGCUAUAUCUAUCUCGCUCUUUCUCUCUCUCUCUCUCUCAACUUUGUAUUUAGGUAGCAAUCUAUCUUUUAUCAAUUUUCAUUUAAAACGAAAUUUUUAA